GAGUGUCAAGUUUCUCUCAGUGAAAACUCUGUUCCUGGUUGCAUUGGCCUUCAGUUUGGGCCUGCUGACUCCAGCAUAACACUGAGACCACGGCCCGGCUACAUGCCCAAGGUGUCAGGUGGUGAGCUUGCAAGCGUUUCCCCCUUAGGAGGCAGAUCCAGCCAUGGCUUUGUUAUGUCCUGUACACGCACUGUGGUUGUACGUGGACCGAACUCAAAGCUUCAGGACCUCAGAUCAGCUCUUUGUCUGUUAUGGUGGUCAGCAUAAAGGGAAAGCUGUCACCAAGCAGAGGAUGUCCCACUGGAUUGUUGACACCAUCGCCCUUGCUUAUCAAAUGCAGGUCACCCCAUGCCCCUUUAAUUUAAAGGCUCACUCUACCAGAAGUGUUGUAUCAUCUUGGGCAUUAGCUCAUGGUUCCUCGCUGACAGACAUUGGUAAAGCUGCUGGCUGGGCAACACCUAACACAUUCACUAGAUUCUGUAGUGUUCGUAUUCUCUGCUCAAACCAGUGAAACACACUGUGCACCGGCUCGUGGGUUGGCUUGCAGCACCAUUCUGGUGCUACACAGUGUUGCCAUUAUGGAGCAAAUUUAGUGCCAUAAAUACUCCUCCAGUUGGUACUCCUUCUCAGCCUUGACGGAUGAUGUUGCAAAAAUCGUCUGUUAGCCUCUCACAAGAUGCAAAGCGUGUUCCCAAUAUGUCAGUCAUGAUGUGACGUCUUCAUUCCUUUCCUUCAGGGAACAAUGGUUGCAUACGUAACCAAGACAAUAUUCAUACUGAAAACCAGACAAAAACACUAAGAAAAUAAUUCAGUGCAUAAUAAUUCAGUAAUUUCAGUGCAGUAAGGCAUAAAUAGAGUAGCUUCUACUGAAAAUAAUAAAAGCAGCAGGUGUGUGAAGGAUUAACUAAAAAGAUAAACACACACCCAAAACUAGAAAAACACUUGAAAUGUAUUAACUACAGCAGUAAACACAUGCAUUUUACUGUCAACUUGUUUAUGCAGAUUGUAUUUUAUAAACUUUAUUAUGGUAUCUGUUAAAAGUGUUUUAAAGCCCUAUUCGGACGGGAUUAGUUUUACAGGGGUAGAUGGCGUAAUGUAAUAUUAGCGUGUAUCCCUCUCCUUAAGAAUUUAAUUUACGAUUGUACAAAACUGGACGUGCACUUUUAUAAGCGCAGAUUAAUUUCUCUCCGCUCUCGCUCAAAGAGUGUGCACACACCUUAAAUAUCUUUAAUGCAAUCGCAUAUCUUUCCUCUUGCACAAAGUGUGCAUGUGAGCACUCAAACUGCGUCCAGUGGAUUUGCAAAUCCAUCAGCACUGGAGCUCUUCAUGGUAAAAAAAACCCUUGAACUUUGUACAGGGAGUUCUCAUGAUGAUAUGUUUUUUUUUCUUAUGAUUGUUUUGUUUUGCACUGGCACAUUAUACAUUGAGCUAAAGGAUCUUUAUUUUUACCCAGACUCUAAGACUGCUGAGAUACAUUUACUUGAGUCUGAAGUACCAGAGGGAAGUGAUGCUGAGUUCACCUGUACACCAUCAAAGUUUUUAAACACAAACAGAACCAGAUUUUUGAUUUUAAUCAAAAAAGGAACGAAUACCUCUAUAGUCAAUAUUUUGGACCCAAAAGAGACAAUGGCAAUAUUCACGCUCAGAAAGGUCAGGAAGGAUGACGCUGGAACAUACAGUUGUGUUGUGAUGUUGAACACACACUUGUAUCCGGAAAAGUGGGUCUAUGGAAAUAAUGAAGUCAUCCUUCACAUAACAGAUGCACCUGUGGUGUUCAGUAGCACUGGAGAGGUCAGAAUACUCAUAGUGUCUUUGAUCGUAUUGUUGUUCAUCAUUCUGUUACUGGGAAUUUUGACAAUGAUUGAAAAGCAAGGAAGUCUUGGAUGCCUCAAUGAAAGAUGUUUGGAGAACGAGGGGGAGACCAGAGAAGUAGUCCGAGUACGCCCUGAUGGUAUUUAUGAAGACCUGCAUAUUUAUCAGAACCGUGAGACUUACACAUCCAGUUCCUGUUGCCAUGAAGCUCAUCACACCACUGAUUCACAGGCCUUCCUUCAACAUGAUGCCCAGCCAAAGUCUGACCAACGACCACCGGCCCCGGCCACCCCCGUUUAAUCUAUAUAUAUAUAUAUAUAUAGAUUAAAACAUUUUUUGUUUCAUACAGUAAACAUCUCCUCACUAUCUGCUUGCUGCCUGUCCGCUGAUCAAACUGUAAAAAAACGUGAUCUCUGUAGACAGCCCAGGCUCCACAAACUGCAAUAAAAACACAGUGGCCAAACCUAGCACCACGAAACAUAACAAAGUGUUUCAGCCAAUAAACUACAAGAAGGAUUUGGGGGUGGGGGUUGGGCGCGUUCAAGAAAGCACGGAAGGGAGGGGGAGGAGUUAGCUACGCUCCGUUUGUUUGAAAACAAUUCAAACAUCAACAAAAAGUGACGUCUCACAGAUUCGCUUAGAGCGCCUUUAACAUUUUAUAAAAUAGUUUAUCCUCUAAACCCGGGGUGCCCAAUCCUGUUCCUGGAGGGCUACUGUCCCGCAGAUUUUAGCUCCAACCCCAAUCAAACACAGCUGAAGCAGCUAAUCAAGUUGUUCAGGGUUGCUUGAUAAUAACAGACAGGUGUGUUGGAGCUGGGUUGGAACUGAAGUCUGCAGGACGGUAGCCCUCCAGAAGCAGGGUUGGGCCCCCCUGCUCUAAACAAUCAGCUAUGUCUGGCUUUCUCUUAAGGGGUUUAUUUCUUCUUAGGACUUUUUCUUUCUGACUAAGUCAGGGUUUUUUUCUCCUAGGAAGUUUUUUCUCCUAGGAGAGUCAGCUUACAUUGGCUUAACUUAGAACUCUCUUCUAUACAUUAUAUACUACGUUCGCUAGUAUGGGUUAAUCAAAGCCGCUGUGCUUCUUAUGUUGUCCACCAAUUUUUCAGUUUACUCCUGCUUUUAUUAAUGUAGCUGCUUUAAAAACAAUAAACAAUUGUGAAAGCGCUAUAUAAAUAAAAUGUAAUUGAAUAAUACAUGCUGAGAGCAUUCGUUAAUAAUCUUUAAUGUUUGGAAAGUACAUACUAUUUAAAAUAAUAUUUUAUUUUUGCCACUAUCUGCAUACACACAGCAGCUGAUUCAUAUUUAACCACCUUCACAGCAAAUGAUGUGUCAGGUAGAAAGUAAAUCAUCCAGAAAACGUGUUUCUGCUCAUGAAAUAGAUGUAACCACAAAACACUGCAGUCAAAAUAACAUACCCUUUGCUUUGUGCUUUUCGCUGCAGCUUAUGAACGCAUGCACAAAGAUGCACAAAUUUGUUUAAAGCGAUUAAAACUAGUUAUUAUACAUAAACCCAGCAACGCUACAGUGUGAAAUUUUUAUUACAUACUCAGAAUAACAAAUAUUGACAUUAGUCUUAAAUCUGUAUUGCAAGAAUUUUAAGGUCUCACGAUUUUGAGAUACUUAACAUUACACUCAUUGGAAAGCUUGAUUCUGAUUGGCCAGUUGCGACAUUUGCAGGUUUGUCAUUCCCAGAUAACAACUGCUCAAAACUAAAACACACGGUGACCUGGAUGCUCCAAAUCAUUUUAACAGGUUCAGUUUAAUAUU